AUGGAAAUCGCUCGGAUUAAACGCGCUGCCAUAUGGGCAUUCGCUGGGCUGGGACUCGCGCUGGCCGUCAUCUCCUGCUGCGAGAUGGCCGACAACUAUUUCGUUCUCAUCCACCCCGACGCUUGCAUCGCUUCAUCCAACGGCACCCACUGCGCGGCAGAAUUCCGCGUGGCGCGGCGAUCCCUGAGCGUCCUGCCGCAGACCCCGGAGCAAGUGACCUCAGCCAUGAUCGCAUCGGUGCAAGCGCAAGUCGCGGCGCUAAUCGAGGCGGCCGACGAGAUCAAGACGAACAACGUGCGGGAAGACCAUUUCACAAACGUCAUGGCGAGGACUUGCGCGCGCCAGGCCGCCAUCGCGCUGCGGUACCUGGGGCAGGCGGGGGAUGCGGUGGAGGCGGGCACGAAUCAGCUCGACGUGCCUUACUGGCUGGCGGCCGCCGACACGCAGAUCGACAACUGCGUCGACGGCUUCCAGACUUUCUCGCCCGCCGCGCAAGGCUUCCCCGCCUACGUCCACCUCGAGUAUACGGCUAAGAAGGCGGGAAGCACGCUUGACGCCCUCUUAUCCAUCACCAAAGCCGCCGCAUCCGCCGCUACCGACGUCGCAUCAACGGAGGAGGACGUGGCUCCCGUGCGCGGUCGCCGCAUGGCCGUCCGAUCCAGCAGCGCGGGGAACGGCGCGAUGGAUUGGCUUGAACCGGGCUUGUACGAGCAACUGCAGGAGCUUCAAACGAGGCUGAAUGCCGAACACGCCGCUUCCGUCGCUGAGGAUUCGGAGGACGGCUCUAUCUCGAGGAGGCAAUUGUUUCACCACCAUCACCACGACCACGGCGACAACAAUGAUAAUAACGACAACAACGACAAGAAGGAUAAGAAGAACAAAGGCAGCAAGAGCAGCAGCAAGAGCAGCAAGAGCAGCAAGAAGGCGUCUCCGAACGAGGGCCCGAUGGUCGUGAGCGCGUCUCUCGCGGCGAGCGCGACCGUCGGAUCGGGAUACAAGUCGAUUCAGGACGCCGUGGACGCCGCUCCUGGCGGCACGCGAUUCGUGAUUUACAUUCCCGCGGGAACGUACAAGGAGCAGGUGGUUAUCUCGACGACGGAUAUCGUUCUGAUUGGCGCGGGCGCGGGUAAGACGAUCAUCACGGGCGACGCGAGUUACGGCAGCGGGUCCGGGACGUUCGAGUCGGCUACGGUUGGGGUGGAUAGCGACAGGUUCGUCGCCUUCGGUAUCAAGUUCGUCAACACGGCAGGCCCCCAGAAUCACCAAGCAGUUGCGUUUCGCGCCACCGGCGACCAAACGGCUCUUUUCAACUGCGAGUUCGACGGAUCGCAAGAUACACUGUACGUGGACGCGGGCCGGCAGUACUACAAAAACUGCAAGAUUGGCGGCUCGCAGGAUUUCAUUUUCGGCGACGCGGCUGUGGUUAUCGACGCGCCCAAGAUUCAGCUUCACCCGAGCCCCUCUUUCGGCACUCUCACGGCGUCGGGUCGCGCCAAGGACACCCCGACGGGGAUCGUGAUUCGCGACGCGGUUGUCUCAGCGGACAGCGGCACUGCCAAGGUGUAUCUGGGCCGUCCGUGGAAGAAGUGCGCGUUCACGGUGUUCAUCAACGCGUAUCUCCCCGCGGUGAUCGAGAAGGACGGGUGGCUGUCGUGGAACGAGGGCAGCUGCAUGUUUCUGGCGGAGGCGGGCAGCAAGGGGCCGGGCGCCGCGUCGUCCCGCGCGGACUGGGUGGACCCUGGGAUCAUCACGAGCGUCAGCGGAUACGACGCCAACUCGUUCACGCAAGUCAACUCCUGGCUCCGCCUCUCGCGCUAG